CCACCAGCAUCAUCGUCUCCACUCCAAAUGGCUACCUUGGUGAAGCAACUGCCCCUUCUCUUCCUCCUCCUCCUCGCCUUCUCUGCGUCCCAAUCAAUCCAUGCAAGAGAGAGCCAGUUCUUCAGUAAGACCUCAAGAGAAGAACCCAAGGAAGCCGCUGCACCCUCAAAGGGAGAGGCUCCUGCGGCCACCAAGAAGGAAGACCCCCCUGCGCUCCCUCCCCAGAGCCAUAAUGGCCAUGGCCUUUACGGGCGUGGCCCCUACCGGUUCUCGCCCACCACCACGAGCAGCUACGGCACCUACAACUACAACGGCGGCGCCCGUGGGAAUCGCGAUUCUACCUUCCAAUCCGGCGUCCCGGCUGGCACUGAGCUGGGCGGCGAAGAGAAAUUCGAGAACGGGGAGGAGUAUCAUGCGGUGUACAACUACGGCACGCGAUGGAAGCCUGACAACAACCGCCCCUCGUCGUUCUCGAACGAGUACGAGACGACGCUGACGACGACGCCGCCGGCGGAGUGGAAGGGCGAGACCGAUCCCACCAAGCAGUACGGCAUGAGCGACACCCGGUUCUUGGAGAACGGCAAGUACUUCUACGACGUUAAUGCCGAAGGGAAACAGUACGCACAGCGUUCCUACCAGUGGAGGGGAAACCCUGAAGGAUAUGAGCCGUACACCGGCGCAAGAACUGGCGGCUAUGGCGACAGAAGAUAUGGUUCUUGGAGGGGCGGCUACGGACACAGCAAUGCCGGGGAACAGUACCAGGGCAGCCAAGAGGACUACGUUCCUUGAUAGACCCGCCGCCAUUGUAGUAGCUAAUGACUCUCCAAAGCCUUUGGUUUCAGCAAGUGUGUUGAUGGUUCGAGUCAUUCUCAAUGUUUCUUUCUUGAUGCUUCUCAUCAUGCAUUUGGGUAGUGCGCGAUCGAAAUGUAAUGUUUCAGAUAUCGAGAAGUAUUAGUGGUUCGUCGGUUAAUAGAGACGCGAGACUAACGUGCCAUUUGCUUCGAUCAAAUCUUGCGAACCGGAGACACCCGACUCGAACCGUGGUCCAGUCCGACCCUUCACGGUCGGCUCGAUCUGGUGAAGACGAUCCACUUGGUCAUCGGUGGCAGAACGACGAGGCCGCCGAACUCCUUCCUCCCACGGCCUCGGCGCGCCAGACCCCUCUCCCAUCGCCCAGAGGAGGGCGUCUUGUGUGACACCUUCCGCUUCCUCGCCUUCUCCGCUGCCGAGAUUCCCGCCAGCGAUUACCUCUCCCUCGACGAGAUCCUCGGCCCCCUUGGGACCCCCGUCGCCGCCACGUUCCCCGCGGCCGGGAGCCGCAUGAUCCGGCCCCAAAAGAUGUGGGGAGCUGACCGUGAGAUGGUGUCCCGUUUAUUGUGGUUUUAGGUCUUGUGCAUCUACGGUCUUUCAAUCCGAACCAAUCUAUCGAGUAGGUCGAUUGAGACAUCUAUUUUUCUACGUGUACUCAUCGACUUUCUUUCACAUUUAUGGUUAUUUUUCUUGUCAUCAUCUGAUAUGGAUUUUUUAUUACUUUACUGACCACUAUGCAUGCAAAAUCUGCCCCUGCAAAUGGUGAUAUCAUUCGAACAUGUUGCGAUUGCUGCAGAAAUAAUUGAUUUUUCUGACUUCACCACUCCAACUCCGGAGAAACAACCUCACUUUUAAGAUUUGGAACAGGUCCAGAGUGAUAAAAGGGUAUAGUGAAUUUCUUUUGCAAAAUCAAGUUAUGUUAGGGGGUUCAGUAUCCUUCAUUUCCAUGUGUUCUUGCUUGAUCCUAUUGCGUUGUAUAAUGCUUGCUAGUCUUUUGUCCUUAUCUUAUACAUGGAAUUCGAAACUCAGAAACCAUAUCUGCUCAGAUAUAGUUUUAGCUUGGUCAGGUGCAUUGUAUUUAAUGAAUAUUUAUUUUAUUUGAAUUCAUUAAAAAUGAACUAGGCACCAGACAAUGACAUCAGGAGGAACUCUUGCAACUAUUGUAAGGUAAGCUUUCUGUGCUUCAGCUUAUCAACAUAAUUAUUCUCUGCUGCAAAAUUUGAUACAUUUAUGUAAUUUUUGUGCUGCAUUUUGAGAAGCUUGCACUUGCAGCUCUAGGUCUGUGUUUUUGCAACACAUUUUACCUGGUUCACUUAGGUAGUUCAUUGUUAAUCGCUCAUCUAUGCUUUGGACAAUUAGGGCAAACCCUAGUGCCACCACAUAUUUUUCACUGAGGUCUUCCAAAUGACCACACUUUUUAUUAAUGUUUGAGACACUAAUAUUCAUGUGGAAAUUUGCUUUGCACAAUCAAUAAUACUAAGUACAAAGCUUGACAUAGUUUCACAUCAAUCUAAGGCAGGUGACGUCUUCUUUGUUCCUUUCGGUUGCUUUUGCACUGUAGUCAACAAUGUCAAUAGCGGUCUCAGGUUUAUUUGAGAUCAAAUAUGGUGAGACUAAAACAUGUAAAAUGGAGUGCCAUGAGUUCCAUUAAGAACUUCAUUCAGUGCUGUAUGGUUCCACAUUUAUUGGGGAAUGUGUGACCUUAGCGCACAUCACCUGAUGGUCAAGUUAGUCCGGUGCCUCCGGGCUACUCCAACACCCUUAUCAGCAGGUUUCCAAAUGGGACACAUUUCCAAGUACUUACAACCUGAAUGGCCGUUUGACGAUGAUUCUUGAUAUUUGGCUGUACAUAUAAAUGGGAAAUCUACAAUGUCACAGGUAACUAACAUCUGCUACCCUAAAGUCCAAAUGAAUGACAAUGUUUCUGAUAGACAAAAUAAUAUGCAUACUGAGGCUUAACUUGGUUUUUGUGGCUCUGAGCACCUAAAGCAUUGCGCGCUUUAUUUUAUAUUGCUUUAGGACAUGGAACGAUGCAUCGAGGGUUUUCCUGAUCUGUGGUGUGUCAUGUCAUGAUGGUCAGAUAACUGUACUUUUAAGAAAUUUCUGAUGUGGCUUAGUUGGAACUUCCACCUUGGAGGGUGGUUGCCUAAUUUCUGAUAGAGUAUAUGCAAUAACAAAGUAUACAUCUUUAAUUGCAUUAGAGCAUUUUGACAUUUGUUUAGAGUUUUCCAUGCAUGGUUAUAAUUAUGUUGCUAUAUCAUAAUUAAUGCAGGAUGUGCUGCUGAGUCGCUAAAUUCUAACAAUUUUGGUGUUUGUGAACAUUUCAAAUGCCUUCUCAUUGUAUGGUUGGAUAUAAUUUAAACAGAGCACUUAUUUUCUAUCAUCAUAUUAUUCUGUUCUGUGAUAUGUCGGUUCUCUGUGUUGGCCCAUGAGCCUUGUUUCUCUUCAUUACUGUCCAUUUUUUCUGAAGUAUUAAACUGCUGCCUAUGUAACUUACAUUUUCUAAUCACGAACUCGAAGCUAAACUUUCUAAAAUUUUAGAUGCUACAGGUUAAGUCUGCUUCUGCCAUGGCUUUUCUGCAUCAACGCAUGUGAAAGCCAUCUCACGGUUGGACCCACGAAGGAGCAUUUUAGGGACAAUAAUUAGACCAGAUACACUGCCUUUACGUCGGAGAGGCAAAAAUGGUGGACAUCUAUCUCACUUUAGUAACCUGCUUUUGGGGCAGGUGAACCAGCAGUUUGAGAGUGGGAUGAUGAACCGCUGCCCAGGAAGAGACUCUAUAUUAUAGAUUGUCAUUUAAGAUGUUAAAAGUCGAGACAUAUAUUAGGUAAAGGUGAGCAUUAAGAGUGCCAGUGGAAUGAAGCAUGGGAAAGUGUCUCGGAACAGAGAUUUUUCAUUCUCCAAAUCCUCUCUUAGCACUGUGGUCAUAUUCAUUAAUUGGCUGCAGCUUCCUGUCUCAUGUAAUUUCUUUCUCAUAUUUUGCAGAUAUCGGAACGGUUGAUUAUAUUUUA